ACCAUUUUCCUACUCAUCUCCAAGAACUCAGUUCAACUCAACUCGGCUGAGUGGUCUUUAAAAUAUCCUCGAUUUCCCACUCCCUUCGAACAAUCCAACCUCUGCAUAGGAGCAAAGAAGACGCACUAAACUUGUGAAAUUCAAUCCACAAGGUGUAGGGAUCUGGAGCUGAAGUAAUUGAGAAGUGAGAUGAGAAUUUUCUCCAGGAAAAAGAAGCGGAAAGUGUGAGAGAGUGGAGAAAAUUGUUUUAAAAAAAAACCGGAGAGAAUGAAGUUUUAUAUAUCGGCGAGAGGUAUAAAGAGAUUGACGAUCUCGGAGGCAGGUGGCGGGGGCGGAGGCGGAAGAGGAGCAAUGAAAGGAGGGAAAGGAUCGGCGGCGGCGGCGGCUGGAGGAGGAACACGGCGGAUAUAUCAGCGCAGGGUGUUGUUGCCGGUGGUUUUGACGUUAGGAUUACUUUUGCCCUUUCUUUUUGUUAGAACUGCUUUUGUCGUUCUUGAAUCGGCUUCGUUUUGCUCUUCUUCUCUAGAUUGCAUGGGAUGGAGGAUUUUCGGCGGGAAUGAUCCAGCUCUGCUCAGAGAAGAGCUGACAAGGGCCUUACUGGAGACAAGCAGCACCGAUGGUCAGAUUGGAAUUAGAGAAAUAGAAGAUCCAACUUUGCUGCCAGCGUCAUUUAAGGAUCUUGUGAAAGAUGUGACAUCAAACAAACAGGACAUAAAAACCUUCGCUUUCAAGACCAAAGCUAUGAUGGCUAAGAUGGAACAAAUGGUUCAAUCGGCAAGGCGGCAUGAGUACAUCAACUGGCAUUUAGCUUCUCAUGGCAUACCAAAGAGCCUACAAUGCCUCUCUCUCAUACUAGCUGAAGAAUAUGCUGUCAAUGCAAUGGCUCGCUCCCGCUUACCUUCGCCUGAAUUUGUUUCUCGCCUUACCGACCCCUCAUUUCAUCAUGUUGUUCUUUUAACUGACAAUGUCCUCGCCGCUUCUGUUGUCAUCUCCUCUGCUGUCAACAGCUCCACCCACCCCGAAAAAUUUGUUUUUCAUGUAGUUACUGAUAAAAAGACCUAUACAGCAAUGCAUGCAUGGUUUGCCAUGAACUCUAUUAAUUCAGCUGUGGUGGAAGUCAAGGGACUCCAUCAAUAUGAUUGGUCACAUAAAGUUAAUGUUGCCAUUAAGGAGAUGUUAGAGAUUCAUCACCUAAUCUGGAAGAACAAAUAUGUCAGUCUCAAGGAGGAAGUCUUCGGAUAUCAGCAAGAAUUGGAGAAGAAUUUAGAGGUGCUAAGCCCCAGCUUUGUAUCCCUCUUGAAUCACCUCCGCAUUUAUAUACCUGAGCUAUUUCCGGAUCUGGACAAGAUUGUGUUCUUGGAUGAUGAUAUUGUUGUACAACAUGACUUAUCAUCUCUAUGGGAAUUGGAUCUCAAUGGGAAAGUUGUUGGUGCAGUUGUUGACUCAUGGUGUGGACGUGACUGCUGCCCCAGAAGAAAAUACAAUGACUUCUUCAACUUUACAAACCCAAUGAUAUCAGCCAAGUUGGAUUCUGAUCGUUGUGCAUGGCUAUAUGGAAUGAAUAUGUUUGAUCUUCAAGCAUGGAGAAAGACCAACAUCACUGCAACUUAUCAUCAAUGGCUUAAGCUCAACCUCAACCAUGGUUUUACUCUUUGGCAUCCUGGAGCACUUCCUCCUGCUUUAUUGGCAUUCGAAGGACACAUGCAGCGCAUUGAUCCUUCAUGGCAUAUGGCUGGGUUGGGUCAUCGGGUCACACAAGUUAAUAAAUACAUGUUGGAAACUGCAGCAGUUAUACAUUUCAGCGGGCCUGCAAAGCCUUGGCUUGAGAUUGGGGCCCCUGAGGUACGUAGUUUCUGGUAUAGGCAUGUGAAUUUCUCCAAUGGAUUCAUCAAGAGAUGUGGAAUAACGGGGUGAAUAGGAAAAGAUCUCUUACUCAUCAUAUAUUUGGUUUUGGCACUACACAAGAGGUAAAGUGUGAGACAGAGGGAAGAAGGUUUUGCUUUCAGUCUCUGCUCAUGCUAGUUUCUCUACAAUAUGAGAUUGUUAUCUUUGUCCAUAGAAUAGAAAUAGAUGAAGAUAGCAUGAAAUGUAGUAUACGACCUAGAUAUUGAUCCUCGAGAGACCAUAGGACCGAAGAUGUAAACUAUAAGUUAAGUCGUAAAGCUAUCUUACAAGUUUCUCUAUAUUAUUUUUAACAAAAUAAUGCAACUUCUAAUCCUCGUUAUGUUGCUAA